UAUGAUGUAAGUAGUAGUAGCAUCGAGUAGAGGAAUUUAAAGAUGGCUGCGAUUAAGUUUGGUUCACAUUUAAAAGAAUUAAGAAUUCUUUUAUGUCAAACGUCAAAAUCAAGCGAAGGAGUUAGAGAUUUCAUAAAACAGCAGUAUGUUCCUAUAAAAAAAAAUAAUCCUAAAUUUCCUAUUCUAAUUCGGGAAUGUUCAUUAACCGAGCCAAGAUUAUUUGCACGUUAUGAAUACGGAGUAGAACGACAGAUAUCAUUGAAUGGUUUAAAGUCAGAAGAAAUACUCGAAAGGCUAAAAAAUCUUGUAUCUACAAAACCAUGAAUAUAUUCUAAUUUGUAAAAUAGAUAUGUAUAUCACAUAAUUGUUGUUUAGUUAUCGAAUAAACUUAGUUAUUAUGAAUAAAAAAAGUCUAAUAUU